AUGUUGUCGUUUCUGGGCUUAACUGAUGGCAAACUGUGGCCACAAGUGCUCCAAAUGAGACACAACGACAAUGACGUGUAUGGGACGGGCGGUCGCAGUGCACAGCCGUGUCGGGCCUGUCAUGACUUCCAGCAGUGGACACAAAUGAAUGCUCACAAAAGGACUGAUAGUAAGACUGAUCCCAAGACAAGUGAACCAAUUGAACAACACGACGACAAGGAGUGUCCGCUAAGUCGGGACCAAUUGGGGAGAAACACGUGGUCUCUGUUGCACACAAUGGCCGCCUAUUAUCCAUCGGAUCCGACACCACAGCAGCGGACAGACAUGAAGACGUGGAUAGAGCUGUUCGGGAAGUUGUAUCCGUGCGACCAUUGCGCUCAAGACUUCCGCCGUGACAUGGCGUCAGAUCCGCCACAAACGCAAAGUCAACACUCUUUGAGUGAAUGGUUUUGUCGGAUCCAUAAUAAAGUGAAUGAAAAAUUAGGCAAAAAGUUGUUUGACUGCAAGCGAGUCGAUGAACGAUGGCUUAAGGGCUGGUCUGACGGCUCGUGUGAUUAG